UGCUUAUUAAUGAUUUAAUAAACUGUAUGUGUACAGAUUUGAAUUUUGAAAUAUCGUACUUAUGAAAUACAAAUUAUAAGACUUUUAAAAUAGUGAUUAACUUUUAUCUUGUGUAUAAUAUUCUUGAAUUUGUGUUGCAUAGUUGUGUAGUUAAUGGUAGAAGUUAUUUUUACAUUGCGAUUUGCAAUUUAAAUUUCUCAUAUGGAAUAUUAUUGACAUUUGAAAUACGAUGAGUGAGGAAACUAUGGUCAAGCAAGAGCCCCAAGAAGAUAUAGAAGACGAGGAGAAUGUUCCAGCUUUUGGUCCAGCUGCUUUGGGGCUGCACAGGGUGGGUACAAAAUUACCUCCAAAACCUGCUCCCUCACAACCCAUACAAGUAUUGAAUGCAAGAGGGAUGCCAGCUAGAAUAAGAAAGAAAAAUCGAUUGUUUUUUGAUGAUGAUAUUGUUAAUGCAAAGCCUCCUAGAUCAUCACCUAAAAGAGGACCAAAAUCCUCACCGGUAAAGACACCUCAUAAAAGUAUUAUCCAAAAGAAACGCAAGGUAACGCCUAUUAAAAAAUAUAGAACUAAAGAUGAUGAUGAAAAUGGUCAGACAAGUACUCAGGCACCGGAUAAGAAAUUAGGCCAGAAAAUAGGUAUGAGAUUACGCAAUUUGCUAAAACUGCCGAAAGCACAUAAAUGGGUUUGUUAUGAAUGGUUUUACAGUAAUUUAGAUAAGACACUAUUUGAUGGUGACAAUGAUUUUAUGAUUUGUCUUAAAGAAUCAUUUCCUCAAUUGAAAACACAUAUGUUAACUCGUGUUGAGUGGACAAAAAUUCGACGAAUGAUGGGUAAGCCAAGAAGAUGUUCAGAAGCAUUUUUUACAGAAGAAAGAAGAGAAUUAGAAAGAAAAAGACAAAAAAUACGAGCUCUUCAACAACGUAUACCUGGAGAUGUAGCUAAUUGUAAAGAUUUGCCUGAUGAAAUUCCAUUACCUUUAGUUUUAGGUACAAAAGUUACUGCACGAUUGCGUAAACCCCAAGAUGGUUUAUUUACUGGGGUUAUUCAUGCUGUAGAUACAUCCAAUUGUACUUACAGAAUAACAUUUGAUCGGCCUGGUUUGAGUACUUAUUCAGUUCCAGAUUUUGAAGUUUUAUCACAUGAGGCUCCAGAAACAAUAUCAUUAAGUAGCAUAGUUCAAAAAUUUAGACCUAGAUCUCAGGGAAGUUACCUGACACCUACCAAUAAAUUACUUUUCUCAAAUUAUGGUCAAUCAGAUUCUUUUGCAUUAUCGCCAAUGAAAGAUUCUAGUUUAAUGUCUGAAGACACACUUGGAGGAUUUCCUGUAAAGCUACUGGAAAAUGUAAUUCGCAUUCAUAAAAUUUUGAAUGUCAAAAGAUUGAAAACUAAAAGAUUGUCAGAAUUAAACAGAGAAGCUGAACGUAAUUUAUCUUUUGCUGGAGAACCUCCAGAAACAUUUAGAAAACAAUAUGCUGGUAUAUUAUUGGAAUUGGAAAAAAUUAAUAAAGAUUUAACAGAAUUUUUGAACGAGGUACAAACUACUUGCACUGAAAUUGCUCCUGAACCUGGUUUAACAUCAAUGAUUGCUCCUUCAUAUUUAAGAGAAAAAUGUCGAGAGGAAGCCACUAAGAUGGUGCAACAACAUAAUUCGGGAGCUCCUGAAAAAGCUAUUAUCACAAACAAAAAAUACUUAAAUGUUAUUACUGAUUUAACUGCUUUAAUGAUGCAAAUUAGAUGUCUAUCUGAAUCUGAACAGAGCCCAAGUGAACUACAAUACUUGAAAGGAACUGUAGAUGAAAUAAAAUCCAGAAUAAGUUCAGCAAAUAAAGCAACCUUCAGGAAUUGUAUUGAGGUUCAUCUGCGGCAUAUAGAAGAAGGUGUUAAAACACAAAUUGGAUCCUUAUCUACGUGCUCUUUAAUCCAUUGA